AUGAGUCUCCUGAGGAUUUCUCAGCGGAUAAGGAAGAGGCUGUGUGCUGUCAAGGCCUCCGCCAUUCAGCGCGGCCAGCCCGGCCCCAAACCCGCUGAGGAGGGGUCUUCCCUGUUCCUCGAGGUGGACAGGAAAAGGGGCGGGACGGCGAAACACUCCAGCCCCUCUCACUCCUACCAGAACACUCCAGCCCCUCACACCCCGACCAGUACACUCCAGCCCCUCACACCCCAACCAGUACACUCCAGCCCCUCUCACUCCUACCAGAACACUCCAGCCCCUCACACCCCGACCAGAACACACUCCAGCCCCUCACACCCUGACCAGUACACUCCAGCCCCGCUCACACCCCAACCAAAACACUCCAGCCCCGCUUACACCCCGACCAGUACACUCCAGCCCCUCACACCCCGACCAGAACAGACUCCAGCUCCUCUCACACCCCGACCAGAACACACUCCAGCCCCUCACACCCAGACCAGUACACUCCAGCCCCUCUCUCACCCCAACCAGUACACUCCAGCCCCUCACACCCCGACCAGAACAGACUCCAGCUCCUCUCACACCCCGACCAGAACACACUCCAGCCCCUCACACCCAGACCAGUACACUCCAGCCCCUCUCUCACCCCAACCAGUACACUCCAGCCCCUCUCACACCCCGACCAAAGACUCCAGCUCCUCUCACACCCCGGCCAGAACACUCCAGCUUCUCUUACACCCCGACCAGAACACUCCAGCCCCGCUCACACCCGACCAGUACACACUCCAGACCCGCUCACACCCCGACCAGUACACACUCCAGCCCCUCACACACCCCGACCAAAACACACUCCAGCCCCUUUUACACCCCGACCAGUACACACUCCAGCCCCUCUCACACCUCAACCAAAACUCCUCCAAAGCUCCUCACACCCGGACCAAUACACUCCAGCCCCUCACACUCCUACCAGAACACACUUCAGCCCCUCACACCACCCCCCCUCCCCAGCAGUACACUCCAGCUCCUCACACCCAGACCAGUACACACUCCAGCUCCUCUCACACCCCGACCAAAACACACUCCAGCCCCUCUCACACCCCGACCAAAACACACUCCAGCCCCUUACACUCCUACCAGUACACACUCCAGCCCCCCACACUCCUGCCCCUCACACCCCAAACAGUACACACUCCAGCCCCUCACACUCCUACCAAAACACACUCCAGCCCCUCACACUCCUACCAGUACACACUCCAGCCCCCCACACUCCUACCAGAACACACUCCAGCCCUUACACCCCGACCAGAACACACUCCAGCCCCUCACACCCCAACCAAAGACUCCAGCUCCUCUCACACCCCGGCCAGAACACUCCAGCUUCUCUUACACCCCGACCAGAACACUCCAGCCCCGCUCACACCCGACCAGUACACACUCCAGACCCGCUCACACCCCGACCAGUACACACUCCAGCCCCUCACACACCCCGACCAAGACACACUCCAGCCCCUUUUACACCCCGACCAGUACACACUCCAGCCCCUCUCACACCUCAACCAAAACUCCUCCAAAGCUCCUCACACCCGGACCAAUACACUCCAGCCCCUCACACUCCUACCAGAACACACUUCAGCCCCUCACACCACCCCCCCUCCCCAGCAGUACACUCCAGCUCCUCACACCCAGACCAGUACACACUCCAGCUCCUCUCACACCCCGACCAAAACACACUCCAGCCCCUCUCACACCCCGACCAAAACACACUCCAGCCCCUUACACUCCUACCAGUACACACUCCAGCCCCCCACACUCCUGCCCCUCACACCCCAAACAGUACACACUCCAGCCCCUCACACUCCUACCAAAACACACUCCAGCCCCUCACACUCCUACCAGUACACACUCCAGCCCCCCACACUCCUACCAGAACACACUCCAGCCCUUACACCCCGACCAGAACACACUCCAGCCCCUCACACCCCAACCAGUAAACUCCAGCCCCUCACACCCCGACCACUCAGAGUGGCAGAUUUCACCAUCUGUAUAGGUGGCACUCCUCAUGGUUUGCUGGUUGGACUUUCCAGUAUCAGCCUGUAG